GGCACUGAGUCGAAAAAUCGGACAUUGUGUGUGUGUGUGAACGGAAACGGAGAAAAAAACGCUAUGCUUGAAAAAAGCAGCCGUGGAAGUGGAACACAAGGACUUUCUGGGCUAGCCCGAGAACUAGCCGUUCGUCAGCCGUCAACGUGGGCCCCUGACGCCUAAACGGAAUAUUCUCGUAGAUCGUUUGUGCGUGCAAGAGCCGGAGUCGGAGCGGGAGACGGGAGCACGCAUCACGCAUCAUCAUCGCCGUCGCCAUCGCCAUCGCCCGAAAGAGCUAUCUCUUAAUUGGCUUAAUCUCCGGAACGCAGCAGCUUGCUGUCGCUUGCUUGGCCAGUGAAGGCGUGAAAUGGGUGCGCGGCAGCACGUCGUAAGGAAUACGAUCAUCGCAUAACUCGCAUAAAUCGCAUAUUGAGAGUCAAGGAGCAGACCAGUCCAGAGCAGACCAGACCAGAGGACGAGCGAAUUUAUUUGUACGGAGACAACUCCCGAGAGAGCAAUGAGCCAAGCCAAUGAGCCAGAGCCACCGGCGACGGCCAAGCCAAAGGCGCCGAGGUGUCGCAAGCGCCGACAGCGCCGGAAGCGGCAGAUCGCCUACCUGGCCAUAUGCAGCCUGAGCGUGGCAGUGUUCGGACUCGCGCUGGCCACGCUGAUACGACCAGCAGCCGCCGCCGACGCAGACGCUGAACUUGACGCUGACGCCUCGAACGAGAGGACGGAAAAGAAAGGUGACGACAACAAUCCCCAGGUGGAAUGGCGAGCGGGCUACGCGGGGCACGGCACCACCCACGAGCAGAUGGGGGAGCUGCAUUGGGCACCGGUUGACUACACCCCCUACAAGCCUACCGUGAACUAUACACGCCCGCCCACAGCCCCGACGACUGCAAUGAAUCCGAUUUUCAACUUCACGCACAAGCUAUACGACAGCAUAAUCUCCGAUGAGCCGGCCCUGCCACCGGGGUACAUUGUGAUGCAGGGCGACUCCCUGGCGCUUGGUCCCAAGUUCCACAAUGCCGACUUUCGAGAUCUUAUAGCCCGCUAUUGGUUGGUUCUCCUCUUCAUUCUGUUCCUCUGCGUCAUCAUUGUGGUCAUGCCGUUCGUAGCCGUCUGCUAUUGCUGCCUUUGCUGCUGCCGCCGGUGCCGUCAGGGCUGUCCCCCAUGCACCAGCAAGCAGGAUGCCCAACGACGGCUGUGGUGCGGCGUUUGUCUUCUCAUCCUAAUAGUGGGACUGAUCUUUGGCAUUGUAAUUGCCUUCGUGACAAACAGGCUGCUGGACAGGGGCUUCGAUCAGGCCACCGUGACAAUGAAGCGCGGCAGCGAUGACAUUUGCCUGUUCCUGAAGGAUGUGGCCGAUCACGUUCACCACCUGAUGGUGUACAACUACGAGGAAAUGCAGACGCACAUUUCCGAUGAGCUAAGCAGUGCCCACAAGCAUAUAUUUUUGGACUUGGCGGAUACAUCGGAGAGCACCUCUUUGGGUGAGCUGGAGCGGAUAUUGCACAACAUGCCGGAGGCGAGACUGCUGAUGGAACAAGUCGCCAAAAUGGAAACGGACUUGCGGUUCUAUGGCGCCCAACUGCGAGACGGUCUUCGUGGCAUGAAGCGGGAUAUCAACUUUGCGGUGGCCAAUCUGUGCACCACUCAGGAAUGCCAGACCUUCCUAAGCUCCAGCAGCAUUGAGUUGAUAGACACCUCCAAGUGCCUGCACUUUGAUACGAUUCCCAAUGCCACGCUAUAUCUGGAAGGCUUGAACAUUGUGGUUAAGGAGAACUAUAUCAAAAUACCCACGGACGGACUCACCCGCAUGGAGAAUGUCAGCCUGAAGGUUAAGGAGCAGCUGAACUCUGUUACACCGAGCAUGAUUCGGGACCUAAACGGCGGCAGGGACACGUUCCGCUCGCACGCGAGGAGAAUACGCAACCAAGUGGAUGCAGUGCUCAGUCAGAUUCACCUGAAGACCUCACGCUCGUCCCGGUCCUUUGAUGAUGUGUACGAUAAGUUUGGCAACAAUCGCAGCGUUAUCAGCGUCAUUGUGUGCCUGCUCAUGAUAAUGAUUCUUGGCAUCUUGAUUGUAUCUUUGCUUUGCGGCUGCUUCGGUAGACGGAAGACUGGCUAUCGCGAUGACUGCUGCAGCAAGGCAACGGCUGCCAACUGCCUAUUUCUGGCCAUUUUAUUGAUAUUCUGUAUGAUCUCGUUCAUCACGCUUAUGGGACUGGUCUACUUCAUGAUCGGUCUAGUCACUUACCAGGGAGCCUGUGCCCCACUCCGAGAUGUGAAUAAGAACGCGUUGUUCAGGCAACUGGACUCUAUGGUCGAUCUGAAUCGGUAUCUGCCGCGCGCCGACGAUGCAGAACCUCUGAAGGCAGCCCCACCCCUGCGCAUGUCGAAUGCGCUCAAGAUGUGCGAGGCCAAUCAGUCGGUAUUCGAUAUGCUGCGAGCAAACAGACUGUACGACAUCAACGAACUAAAGCGCAUCAAGGUGAUGUCGUCCGAGGAGGAUUCAGAUAGCACCAAAAUAUUCGACGAGGAUAUGUCUAAAACUGAGCUCCUAACACAGGAAGAGUUUGGAAAACUUGAAGCAAUGCGUCAAGGCGGUGCGGCCGAUUACCACAGCGAACUCUUUAAGGAUCUAUGCAGUGAGUUCACGCCGGUCAAUCUGAACGCACUUGGCGAGAAAAUGUACGCGUUGUCGAACAGCUUGGAGUCACCGACGUUUGGCUGGGCCCGAGUUUCCUUCUGGAAUGAGGGCCUCAACGCCAAGUCGUACUAUCAGAACUUUAUACCCAAGCUAACGACCAUUGUCGAGAAGAUGAAGAGCAACAUGAAGCGUAUCGACGAGCUGAUCUUAUACGAGAAUCGCGACUUUAACAACAGCAUAAGACUGCUGCUGAAGGCCGUGAGAGAAUCACAAACUUUCAUUCAGACCAAGGGCACUAGAUAUAUCAAUGAGCUGGGUAAGAACCUCACCAGCACCAUUUCGAACAUGAUCGACGAGUACAUCUCCAUGGUCAUCGACGAGUCGAAUGAGAAUGUCGGCCGCUGUGAGCCCCUUGCCUACAUUUAUCAUCAAGGCGUUGACUUGGUUUGUCGCAGCAUGGUCGAUCCCAUAAACGGAUACUGGGUGGGCGUGCUGCUCUGCGCCCUGCUCUUCCUGCCCAUACUGUAUGUCUCUCACCGUCUGAUGUGCCUGUACAAGAAGGUCUAUCCAUAUAUGGCUUCUGUCGCUAGCCAUGUGGACGUCGUUUACGAGGGCGGCAGCGAACGCCUAUACGACGCUUAUAGUGAGCGCGAGCGCGAACACGUUCCAUUGGCUAAUGUGCCAAAGAAACGGCGCAAGGCCUACGAACGACGUCGCGAGCAGCAGGAAUACUAUGAGGACGCAUCGCCCAGUGUGUCGCGUGCCACUCGCUCCGGUGGUGGUGGCGGUGGCGGUGGCGCUGGCGGGGAUGGAGCUCCUGGCAGCAGUAGCAUGAGGUACAACGAUAUGGCCCCCACGCAUUGGGACCACGAGCCACCCCGCUACCACAAUCCACCAGCUGCGCCUCCAUCCUCUGAAUACGAACGCCCACCGCCCUACUACUAUCCGGGCGCCUCCGAACAGGACUAGGCGUGAGAGCGGCUGGAAAGAGAAGAAGACACAAGGCGCCACAUGGUGUGAAUCCACAGUUGGUCGGGACAGCUUUAGAGGAGUGGCGGCGACAUGGAAGGUUACUUUUUUUUUUGGAUUUGAAGUCCCUCUUCGAUUUUUCCUUCCCCCAUCCCCGUUACUGAGACUGUAUAUUUAGUUAAAAAUCUGAAACAAAAAAUAAGUGAAAUUAUAUAAUUUGAUUAAGAAUUAUCGUAUUUAGCAUCACAUGUGUUAUAGUUUUGGCCCCGCCCGACCUGAAGAGAGAUCUGCCAUUGAGCAAACCAAACGAUUAUAAUCGGCAGAGUUGGCAGAGACGAGACAGAGACAGAGACGGAGACAGAGGGCCGAGGCAAAAUGAGAAGCGUUUAGAAUAG